AUUUUCUUCUUUCUAAAGUCCACCUCAAGGCAGAAGAGUGCAUGGAGUUGCCUCCGGGCUUCAGGUUCCACCCCACGGACGAAGAGAUCAUCACCCACUACCUCAUGCCAAAGGCCAUCGACACUUCAUUCUCUUCGAGGGCCAUGGGAGAGGUGGACCUCUACAAGUGCGAGCCAUGGGAGCUUCCAAGCAAGGCGAAGAUGGAAGAGAAGAAAUGGUACUUCUUCUGCCAGAGGGACAGGAAGUACCCUACGGGGGUGAGGACCAACAGGGCCACCGAGGCCGGCUACUGGAAGGCCACUGGAAAGGACAAGGAGAUCUACAAGGAGAGAGGAUCAGUGCUCGUGGGCAUGAGGAAGACGCUCGUGUUCUACCAAGGCAGAGCCCCCAGAGGCCAGAAGACUAACUGGGUGAUGCAUGAGUUCAGGCUCCACACUUCUUUUCAAAGAUCAUCUGCACCAAAGGACGAAUGGGUUGUCUGCAGGGUCUUCCACAAGAACAGAGGAAUUACAAAGAAAAGCCCAGUGGAAGAGCUGCCAUAUCUGAUGAGCUCAAACGGUGCACCUCAAGCUCAAGCUCAUGCUCAUGGCCUGGACUACUUGCAGUUGCACCACCAUCAUGAUGUUGCAAUUAGGAGGCACAGCAGGAUGAUGGAGCAGGUCUUCGUGGGGUGCCCCUCGCAAGAGCACACUGGCCUGAACACCGACUGCGGCACGGUCACCGCGUCGGCGAUGAGGUUUGAGGAUUACUGGGAUCCAUCUGCUUCUUCUUCUGGAGGAGGAGCCAUGGGUUGGGGCACCGUGUGGAAGUAGUUAAUCAGACAUAUGAUGAUAUGCAUGAUUUUAUUUUUUAAAAUUAUUUAAAUGUCAGACUUCGUUAGAUUAAUGUU